GCAAAAUCGUCUGGCCUGACAUCUCGCUCAAUGCCUUUCUGAACAGGCCGGACGAAGAUGAUACAGCCUCGGAUAUGCCAAUUGCCCACCUCGCGCCUUGGCAACAGCCUCUUUACCUCCGUCCGCAGCUAUGCAGUUGUGGUUGAUCGUGUCUCCACGCCAGCGUUCGAACCUGCAGUACCUGCCGAUGAAACUAUUCUACACACCCAAGGCCCGCGAAAAGAUGAGUUCAUUCCAUUGCGAACGUACAAACCUCGAACUCCCGGUCUGCGCCAUCUCAAACGGCCAGUGAACGACCAUCUAUGGAAGGGCCGCCCGUUGCUCAGACUCACCAUCCCGAAGAAGGGCCAGCAUCUGGGCGGUAGGAAUAACAGUGGGCAAGUCACUGUUAGACACAGAGGUGGCGGCCACAAGAGAAGGAUACGGAUCGUGGAUUACUAUCGCUUCGCUCCAGGAAAGCACGUUGUGGACAGAAUAGAAUACGACCCCAACCGGAGCGCUCAUUUGGCGCUCGUCACUCGCGUAGAGACUGGCGAGAAGUCAUACAUUGUUGCUGCGGAUGGCAUGAGAGCAGGGGACGAGAUUCAGAGCUAUAGGUCAGGCAUUCCGAAAGAGCUGCUCGACAGCAUGGGAGGUGUGGUGGAUCCCGGGAUGCUAGCUGCAAAGACUGCCUCUCGGGGCAAUUGCCUACCAAUUCAUAUGGUCCCCCUUGGAACACAGGUAUUCAAUCUGGGAUCGAAAACGAGGGGCAAAGCUGUGUUCUGCCGAAGUGCAGGCACAUACGCCAUUGUAAUGAACAAGGAAGAAGUAGAGAAGCCAAGGGGGCUAGAAAUCGCCAGCGUCAUCGUUCGCCUCCAGAGUGGGGAGAUGCGAAAGGUCAGCCCGGACGCUUGCUGUACGAUCGGAGUUGCAAGCAAUCCACAAUCUCAUUUCACAUCCUUAGGCAAAGCUGGACGUGCCAGAUGGCUAGGCAAACGGCCCGAAGUCCGAGGUGUUGCGAUGAAUGCAGCUGAUCAUCCUCACGGAGGUGGACGUGGCAAAUCGAAGGGUAACGUCCAUCCAGUGAGUCCUUGGGGUACUCCAGCAAAAGGAGGCUACAAGACUAGGCACAAGAGGAACAAGCAUACAUUCCUUGUCAAGGAUCGUCCCAGGAACCAAGGCAAGAGGAGACCAAGAUGAUUGGCGAGAGCACUCUUCCUGCGCAAUCACAAUUAUGUUAUCCUAAUUGUACCAUAUAUGUUGCAAUGUUGCGGCACACCGCACGGGCCCUCAAAUAUCUCGGUGCGCUGAUGAUAUCGUUGAACAUGGCCGAAUCUUUUAACGAUAACACUUCGUUAAUGUUCGCCUUCUUCAUUUGACUUUGUCAUGCGAACAUCCACCAUGGCUCAUAUCACACAGUGAAACGACCCAGUACAUGCACAUCCAAAG